AAUUUUAUUUAGAGCAUGAUGAACCCAGCCGUUAGCAGGAAGGCGGCACAACAACGUCAGCGGCGCACCUACAGAGUGAGAAGAGAUAUUUUCGCUGAGUACGACGAUGCUGAGUUACUGAAAAGAUUCAGAUUGGACCGUGCUGGUAUUGUUGCAGUGACUGAUAUAGUGAGAGACAAGCUGCAAAGUAAAACUGAAAGAAAUAGAGCCUUGACCCCUGAGAUGGUGGCCAUCACAUUACGAUAUUUAGCCACAGGAAAAAUGCAACAGUGCAGUUGUGAUGAUUUUGGAACAACGCAGCCCACUAUCAGCCGUGCAAUAUCACAGACAAUUGAUGCACUGGCUGACCCAGAAGUAAUCUGCCAGUUCGUGGCUUUCCCUCACACCCAGCGUGAAGUGCAGCAAAAACAGGCAGAGUUCAUGCAAGUAACUCAGUUUCCCGGUGUUGUGGGAGUGAUUGAUGGUACUCAUAUAAGAAUUGUGUCUCCUCAUGUCGAUGAACAUGUAUAUGUGAACAGGAAACGCUAUCACAGCAUAAAUGUGCAAGUAGUAUUUGAUGCUCACUAUAAGAUUCUUGACAUUGUGGCAAGGUGGCCUGGCUCAGUCAACGAUGCAAGAAUACUAGAUAAGUCAGCACUCAAACUGAUGUUUGAGGAACAACAUGUACCUGCAGGAUGCUAUACCUUCCCGGGGACAGUGGCUAUCCCUGUAAGCAGUGGCUCCUCACUCCUUACCUUCGCCCUCAAACUGUUGCACAAGCUAAUUAUAACAGUUCCAGUACCUUACGAUGCAGCCGAGGGGACUGACGCCACCACCACCACUGCCACCACCGCCACAACAAGGGUUAUUCAAAUGGGGAACAUGCUUCAGGUGUUGCCCCAAGAUGCCUCAGCCCCGCAGCCCCACUUCCCCAUGAUAGUGCAGGCAGGGAAUGUCAUACAGGUUGUUCCAGCUGACAACACGCAGGUAUUAGGGGCAGAAGUCGUUGGAGUUGGUCGGGUCAUGCAAGUGGUCGGAGUCCCAGGCUUUCCCCCGACCCCAGCCCCAGACCCCUGCCCCAGCCACCCCUCUCCCUGUGACCCCUGCCCAGUCAUCCCUCACCCCCUCCUGCCCCCCUGCGGUGCUGCCAGCGGGGGUGAUGGGAGGUGGAGGUGGGCCACACACACCUGGGUUAGCUGUGGCUUGGCUUAUCUCCCUCCUCAGCAGCAAAUCCCGAGGAUCAACGAGGACAUGGUGGACCCAGAGAUUGCAGCAGCAGCGAGAGAGAGAGAGAGAAGCAAGAGAGGAGGGAGAGGAAGGAGAGGAGGAGGAGAGAGAGGGAGGCCAGGAGGGAGGCACGUCAGAGAGAGAGGGAGAGGAAGAGGUUGAUUCUGUUACAACAACAACUGCAACAACAACAACAGUUAGUCAGUGAGGAGGGGGAGGGGCCGUCCUCUGAUGCUGAGGAUGAGGUAUUGUUCAGGGAGGCCAUGUCGGAGGUGCCGGUGGUGGGGUCGCCAGUUCCGGAGUACGAGGUGGAGGAGGAAAAGGAAGAGGAGGACGAGGAGGAGGCACGGAUAAGGAAGAAGAAAAGAUUAUUACCUGUAGCCCUCCCUCCAGCUGAUAAGGGGAUAUUAAGGAGCCCUUCCUACAGGUUCGUUCGAUGCAAGGAGUUGGCACAGGAGGCGUCCGAGGCUGUGUAGAGCGGCCGUCUGAACCUGGUGCCACAGCUUACUAUGUUCAACAGAUGCCUGAAGGAAGUGUGUGUAAGGGAGGAUAAAGAGAUCAUGCUGGCCUAUGCAGACGAUGUCGCUGUCGUGACAGGAAGCCAACAAGAUCUUCAAGAGGCCAUGACAAGAUGGAAUGAUGUUUUAAAUAGGGAAGGAAUGAGAAUGAACAAACAAAAAACUUAUUUACUAGUGGACAAGCAACAAGUGAUGGUGUGGCUCUGAGCCACUGUAGUAGGGAUGUUAUGGUUUAAGUGUAGGAAGUUGCAAAUGCUCACCUAACAAUUGCACCUUAGUAGAAAAACACAAACAGGAAGUUUAUGCAAGUUUUUAUCCUUAUAUAAAAUGUUGUAUUGCAUCAAACCUCCAUACAUUACUGUCUCUAUCCAGUAUGAGACCGGUGUUCAGGAAGCACAAGCAUGUGCUGAAUAACAAGAAGCCGGCAUUGGUGAAGGUGACAACAUUUCAUCUAUUUAUACAUACUUUUUAUUAUUAAAGCUUAUCUUAUAAUUAUUUCUGAAGAGAUUGACUAAUUUUUGUAGUAUUUAUGACUUAGAACUAUGAUAAAGCUAUGAAUUGAUAUAAUUCCUGAUUUGUUUUAUCUUUUCAUUAUCCUUCCUUUGUUAAUUGAGCAUUUUAUAUUACUUAGCUUAAAAAUGCAAGAACGGUUCAGAAGUAUCCAACCUUGGGCUAAGGGCCAAAAUUAUGGUAUCAUUCAAAAUGUCCUUCAAAGAAAGCCCUCUGUAAUCCAACACACUUAGCCCAUUAAUCCUUCCAUUUCUCAUCAAUUUGUUCAACAUUCAUAUUUUUCCCUUAUAGGGUUGAACAAUUUUCAUGGGUUCAGAGCAAAAGGCUUCCUCAUUCCUCCCCAAGGUAUUCUCGGAUGGUAAGCAGGUUUGACUCUGGAGCAAACCUGACCAAGGGCUACUGCCCAAGGCUACAGAGGUUCCUCUCCCUGAGGCUGAAUGCACCAUGUGAGAUGGUUCUGUUAUGUGGAUGAAUGUCAUGGUGGAUAGCAGUGCCACCACAUUCCUACAAUCAUCCAUCACUCCACUGCUCAAACGCUUCUGCAACCAAUGAUAGGUAUGCUGCCACAUUCUGCAUGGUCUCCUUGGCUCUCAGAUAAGGAUACUGUCAACAGGUUUGGGAUUGCCAAAAAAUCAUAAGGAGCUAUGUCUGAAAAGUCCAGAGAGAGAGAGAGAGAGAAAGAAUGAGCAAGAGAAAGAGUAGGAUGAAGCAAAGGAAGAGUCAAGAGGGAGGAAGAGAGAGUAGGACAAGAAAAAACAGAACAAAUAAAUCCCCUACACGUCUUGUCUCCAUUCACACAAGCCAUGAAAAGCUUGUCCAUCCCUGAGUGCUCAGAAGCAGUGUUCCACUGAUGAUGUGGAAACUUGAGACACCCAAUCAUUUAAUGGGCUUUAGUAGGUUUUGUCACCAGUCUUCUGUGUGUCACUGACUACAUUUUGAAAUUUUUAUCUGUUCUAUUUAAUUUUGUGUGUAUGUACACAAUGUUUAUGGUCAAUAAACUAUUUAUAAAACUAUUUAUCUGUGUGAGUAAGAUAAAAGCAGUUAUUGUUAUUAUUAUUAUUAUUAUUAUUAUUAUUAUUAUUAUUAUUAUUAUUACACAUUUUCCUCCUUGUAUUUAAAUAUUAUUAUUAUUAUUAUUAUUAUUAUUAUUAUUAUUAUCAUGAAUUGUUCUUGUUUAUAAAUAAAAUACUGUAACUGA